CUUCCCCCUCCCCCCCAGGCGGCCGCGGCCCCGAGCGGCUCCAGAACGGAGGCCCGCGCCGAACCCAGGCCCUUCCUCGCUUGCCGCGGGGCCCUGCGGUGUACCCGUCCCCCUUCCUGGGCCGUCCGGUUUGGUGAGGGCACCUGGACCAGCGGGAAGGCUGCAGGAAAGAUCUUCCCAGAUAGAGGGAACUGCACGUGCAAAGGCAGGGAGAGUGCACGGGAGUUUUGCGCCUGAGCCCGGCAGGGGAGCAGGCACCCACUCAAAGCCCUUGCAGGGAUCUGGGCAAGACCAAAUAGGUGCCAGCCCCACCUCCAGUUAGACUUCAGGAAGAACUUCCAGGGAAAACAGAAAGGAUGACAGUUGGAUGGACUGGGGGAAGAUCAUUUGUAAACAGGGCAGCUUUGUCCCAGGCCUUCCAAAGUCCAGUCUGUAAGCUGAAUCUUCCAGAAGGCCCACCCUGUGGCCUUGAGGACUUUGGCUGCAGGGAUCUCUUUGCUGACCAGGUGACCUCUCCCCAUGGCUUUGUGGCUUGCAGGGUGAUAUGGGGGCUUCCUGGGUCCCCUCCUAUCUUGAAACUAACCAAGGUGGGAGGGAAGUGGGAGGCCACCCGGAUGGCCCUGCCUGCUGCCUGACCUUGGCAAGCCCUUGGCCCCUCAGUUUCCUCAUCUGCUGUUGGAUGUGAUCUCAGCACCGUAGGCCUGGAGGACAUUUGUGAAGGGGGGAGGUGCACAGGGUGGGAGCUCAUGACUGCUGGGCCUGGGCUGUGUGCCUGGCCUCCCUUUCCCCCAACCCCAUCAGGCCUGGGCUGGACGCCCACUUCUAUUCACCAUGGAGCUGGGUUUCCCUGGGGACAAGUAGCCUGGCCCAGCCCACCCCCACCCCACCCCUUGACGCACGCCCCCAGUCUCUCCUGGCCUAACUCACACUAGGAGGAGGAGUAGAGGCUGGGCAGCCUCUUGGACCCCUGCCCCACCCCACGCCCUGCCUUCCAGGGCCGGUCCACCUCUGGGCUGGGCCAGGAAGAAGAAGCUGUGGCUGUCCCUGGAGGAGGUCCUGGAGGCAGCUCCUGCUGGGAUGGCAGCUCCAGCAUCUUUAAGGGCCACAGGGGGUCCAGCCCCACCGGGGGCACCCUAGGACUCCCACAGCCAUCUGUGCACCUGCCCCCCACUCAUCUGUGGGCCACUCGCCAUGGGUGGGUGCUUCUCCAAGCCCAAGCCAGUGGAGCUCAAGAUCGAGGUGGUGCUGCCUGAGAAGGAGCGGGGCAAGGAGGAGCUGUCAGCCAGCGGGAAGGGCAGCCCCCGGGCCUACCAGGGCAAUGGCACAGCCCGCCACUUCCACACUGAGGAACGCCUGCCCGCCCCUCACCCGUACCCUGGUGCUCAGGACUGUGUGGAGGCCGCCAUCUGCCAUGUCAAGGACCUUGAGAAUGGCCAGAUGCGGGAAGUAGAGCUGGGCUGGGGGAAAGUGUUGCUGGUGAAGGACAACGGGGAGUUCCACGCUCUGGGCCACAAGUGUCCACACUAUGGUGCACCCCUGGUGAAAGGUGUGCUGUCCCGUGGCCGGGUGCGCUGCCCCUGGCAUGGUGCCUGCUUCAACAUCGGCACUGGUGACCUAGAGGAUUUCCCUGGCCUGGACAGUCUGCACAAAUUCCAGGUGAAGAUUGAGAAGGAGAAGGUGUACGUCCGAGCCAGUAAGCAGGCCUUGCAGCUACAGCGAAGAACCAAAGUGAUGGCCAAGUGUAUCUCUCCAAGUGCUGGCCACAGCAGCAGCACCAACGUGCUGAUUGUAGGCGCAGGUGCAGCUGGCUUGGUAUGUGCAGAGACACUGCGGCAGGAGGGGUUCUCAGACAGGAUCGUCUUGUGCACAUUGGACCGGCACCUCCCCUAUGACCGGCCUAAGCUCAGCAAGUCCCUGGAUGCACAGCCUGAGCAGCUGGCCCUGAGGCCCAAGGAGUUCUUUCGAGCCUAUGGCAUCGAGGUGCUCACCGAGGCCCAGGUGGUUACGGUGGACGUGAGAAACAAGAAGGUUGUGUUCAAGGAUGGCUUCAAGCUGGAGUACAGCAAGCUGCUUCUCGCACCAGGGAGCAGCCCUAAGAUGCUGAGCUGCAAAGGCAAAGAGGUGGAGAACGUGUUCACCAUCCGGACACCUGAAGAUGCCAAUCGUGUGGUGAGGCUAGCCCGGGGCCGCAACGCAGUGGUCGUGGGAGCUGGCUUCCUGGGGAUGGAGGUGGCUGCUUAUCUGACUGAAAAGGCCCACUCAGUGUCCGUGGUGGAGCUGGAGGAGACGCCCUUCAGGAGAUUUUUGGGGGAACGUGUCGGUCGUGCCCUCAUGAAAAUGUUUGAGAACAACCGGGUCAAGUUCUACAUGCAGACAGAGGUGUCUGAGCUGCGGGCCCAGGAGGGAAAGCUGAAGGAGGUCGUGCUGAAGAGCAGCAAGGUUGUGCGGGCUGACGUCUGUGUUGUGGGCAUUGGUGCGGUGCCUGCCACGGGCUUCCUGAGGCAGAGCAGCAUCAAUCUGGAUUCCCGAGGCUUCAUCCCUGUCAACAAGAUGAUGCAGACCAACGUUCCGGGCGUGUUUGCAGCUGGCGAUGCUGUCACUUUCCCCCUCGCCUGGAGAAACAAUCGGAAAGUGAACAUCCCACAUUGGCAGAUGGCUCAUGCCCAGGGGCGCGUGGCGGCCCAGAAUAUGCUGGCGCAGGAGGCGGAGAUCAGCACCGUGCCCUACCUGUGGACAGCCAUGUUUGGCAAGAGCCUGCGCUACGCUGGGUACGGAGAAGGCUUCGACGACGUCAUCAUCCAGGGGGAUCUGGAAGAGCUCAAGUUCGUGGCUUUUUACACCAAAGGCGAUGAGGUGAUUGCUGUGGCCAGCAUGAAUUACGAUCCAAUCGUGUCCAAGGUGGCUGAGGUGCUAGCCUCAGGCCGUGCCAUCCGGAAGCGGGAGGUGGAGCUGUUUGUGCUGCACAGCAAGACCGGCGACAUGUCCUGGCUCACAGGGAAAGGAUCCUGAGCUCGCAUGCAGCAGACUUGGGCAGGCACGCUGGGGCACCAGGGACAGAGGCCAAGCCUUGGGGGCAGGUGCCAACCUCCAAUUUCCCAGGAUCCCCCAGGGCAGAACCUGAGCCUUCCCAGUGCUUGCCUUCGGUUGCCUGGCUCACCUCCAGAGAGGCUUCUGCUGCCUCCAGGAGAUGCUUACCCCCCAAGGCCUCAGCUGCCACUGAUGGCUGACAAUGGAGGCAGGACAGGCUUGUCCUCUUCUCCCUUUCUUGAGACUGGUUCCCUACAGGACCCUGCAACAUAUUAGAUAUUAUCUUAAAAUUAAAACGCACACGUUUGCA